AUGUCCGAACUCAUCGAAAUCUCCACCUUCACCCUCAAGAUCAACUCCCCCGUCCCUCCUCCCACCCUCAUCUCCAGCCUCAAACUCCUCUCCUCCGCGCCGGGCCUCAUCGCCAUCUACUUUGGCCCUCACAUCGAGUCCCCCACGACGUACACCACCGUCACCCGCUGGUCCUCCCAGGCCUCCCGCGACGCCUUCUUCAACGUCCGGAGUCCCACCUGGCAAUCCUCCUUUACCGCAUCCCUCGAAACCCUUUCCGUGUUUUCCAGCUCUCCAUCUUCCUCCUCAGCAUCAUCAUCAUCAGAUAACUCGGGUCAAGACGCAGCCAUCCCGCUCGGCGCUCCCUGCACGGAAAUAUUCUUCAGUUUCGGCGCAGACGAGGAUUACCUCGAGAACCGCCUCAAUCCGUUCGUAAAGGCCAUCACCAGCGCUAGUCUGCCUGGCCUCUUUGGCGGCUUCACGGCAGAGUUUGUUCCCGUGAAAUGCGUCGGCGUUGAGAAGCCGGAGCCCAAGACGGUCGUCUUGAUGUUGGGCUGGAACUCAAAGGCCGACCACGAGGCACAAAAGGGCCAGGGAACAGUGAUUGACAACAACAUCCAUCUCAUCAGAUCAGGCCGCAAAGCCGUCAGCAUGUUCCACGUCAACUUCAAGAAGUUGUAGACCUGUUAGCUGUCACAGAAUGAGUGUCCACAAGCGGUUUACAUCGAAAUGACCCAAACACCCGGGCAGCAGAGGGUAAGGGAAAUCG